AUGCGCAACAGGUUUUUUCAAAUGUUUCGUCUUGUUGACCGAGCACACAUCCCAUGGACACUUCGAGUAUUGACAAAUAUAGGAUCAGAGGUCUUCCUUCAACGGGUGGUACCAAUACUGGCGGAUUGGUGGUACCAAUACUGCCAGAUUGGUUAA